ACAUUAGCUAUUUUAAGUAGUUUAAUCUGUGUCAACGAUAAAGUAUGACGACAGAUGGGCAUGCUUGUCUGAUCACCUAUCAGUAUUUAUAAGCCAUAACCUACCUGUCUCAGUUAAGUACAACUGAGUGGAGGCAACUAAGAACGAGUCAUUUAAAAUCUGAAAAUAUUCAUAAUUAAAAGAUUAUAUCAUGUGUACAGGAAAGUGUGCCUCGUGUAUUGGCAUCAGUCUCUAUCCUCUUGCACUGGUGUCUAUUAUCUGCAACAUUAUUCUGUUCUUCCCUGGUUGGGAAACCAUUUAUGCUAAAGAUGAUGCAGAUGGAAAGUACCGUCUUACGGAUGAAGUCAAAUACAUGGGAGGUCUAAUUGGAGGUGGCAUCUUGGUGUUGAUCCCUGCUAUUCACAUCCAUAGCACUGGGAGAAAAGGCUGUUGUGGGAACCGAUGUGGGAUGUUCCUGUCCAUUAUAUUUUCUGUAAUUGGAGUGGUGGGAGCCUUGUACAGUAUUGUUGUAGCUGCUGUUGGGCUGCUUAAUGGACCGGUUUGCAUGAAUCCUUCGGGCAUCUGGGAGAGACCAUUCAAAAACCAAACUGAAAGUUACCUGUCAAACUCUGAAAUGUGGGAGUUAUGCACAGAGCCAAAAGAUGUAGUGGUGUUUAACAUUGGCCUGUUUGGUGCCCUGCUGGGAGCUGGCUGUAUAGAACUGCUGCUAUGUUUAUUCCAGGCGGUCAAUGGCCUCUUCGGAUGCAUCUGUGGUACAUGCAAUAAGAAAGAGGAGGCAUAAACUCAAAAUGACUUCAGACCAGCUAGGAGUAAAUAAAAGAUAUGGAUAAUCACACUUCAGCACUUUUUGUUUCCUAAUUACUCAUCAGUGACCAUCAACGGAUGUUGAAUUAUUUGCAAGCGUCAUGCUAAACAACUGUUUGAGGAGCAUGGGCAGGAAAUGCUCUCUAAUGCAUUCUAUGUAAAUACAAUGAUUUAUUUUUAUUAAAAUGUAGAUAUUGUGAAA